GGCACUUGCACAAAGCGGCUGGCUGAAGCUUCGCCGGGGCUCCAGGGGCUCAUUCCGAGCCAAAAGCAGGGAAGGGAAGGGCGACGAAACCACCGCGGAGCUUGGACCGGGAGGAGGAGGAGAGCCGCGCAGGCACCAGCACCACUAGCAGCAGGAGAGCUCCCUGGCUGAAGAUGCCCAGGAUCCUGGCCAUCGUGGUUUGGUGUUUCCUGCAAGUGGAAGGCAGGCACCCUGACAACGCCGCUGGUAGCAGCAGCAGCAGCCAUGGCAGUUUCUUGGACAAUGACAAAUGGCUGAGCACGGUUUCCCAAUAUGACAAAGACAAAUACUGGAACAAGUUCAGAGAUGAAGUUGAGGAUGAUUAUUUCAGAAACUGGAAUCCAAACAAGCCUUUUGAUCAAGCACUUGAUCCAUCCAAAGACCCAUGUUUGAAGGUAAAGUGCAGCCCACAUAAAGUAUGUGUCACUCAUGACUACGAGACAGCCAUUUGCGUAAGCCGCAAACAGCUAGUACACAGCCUUCGGCAAAAGAAAGGGAACCUUCCCCAGAGACACUGGACUGGGCCAGCAAAUUUAGUAAAAUGCAAGCCAUGCCCAGUGAUGCAUGCCAACCCUGUUUGUGGCUCCGAUGGACAUAUUUACACAACCAAGUGCAAGUUGGAGUUUCAUGCCUGUACAUCUGGCAAAAAUAUUGUGGCUCGGUGUGAGGGACCAUGUCCAUGCCUUCCAGGACAAGAAAGUCCAAAACACAAGACUGAGAAAACUGCUUGCACAGACAAGGAGCUGAGGAACCUGGCAUCCCGUCUAAAAGACUGGUUUGGUGCUCUUCAUGAAGAUGCAAACCGUGUAAUCAAGCCAACAAGCUCGGAUUCAGCACAAGGCAGAUUUGACACUAGCAUAUUACCAAUCUGUAAGGAUUCGUUGGGCUGGAUGUUCAACAAACUGGAUAUGAACUAUGACCUUCUCCUUGAUCACUCUGAGAUCAAUGCCAUUUAUCUUGAUAAAUAUGAGCCAUGCAUUAAACCACUCUUCAACUCCUGUGACUCCUUUAAAGAUGGGAAGCUUUCAAACAAUGAGUGGUGCUACUGCUUUCAGAAGCCUGGAGGUCUCCCCUGCCAGAAUGAGAUGAACAGAAUUCAGAAGCUGGGCAAGGGGAAAAGCUUGAUGGGUACUUUCAUCCCACGAUGCAAUGAGGAAGGCUAUUACAAAGCAACUCAAUGCCAUGGAAGUACUGGCCAGUGUUGGUGUGUGGAUAAGUAUGGAAAUGAGAUAGCCGGCUCAAGGAAGCAAGGGACAGUUAGCUGUGAAGAAGAGCAAGAAACCUCAGGAGAUUUUGGCAGUGGUGGAUCAGUAAUAUUACUGGAUGAUCUGGAAGAGGAGCAUGAAGCAACAAAAAAGGACAAAGAUGGAAAACAGAAGAUCCAUGUAAGAGCAGCUAAUGAUGAUGAUGAAGAUGAAGAUGAUGAUAAGGAUGAUGAAAUUGGCUAUAUAUGGUAGUUCUGAUAGCACUAAGGACUCAUGUUUUGCACAAUAUCACAAGUCAUUUCGUAUCUCUGCAAUGAUAACAGAAACAUCAGGCAUAACACAUGAGACUCAGCCUAAAGCCGUAUGGGCAUUUCAAUAUGCACACAGAUCUCCCUUACAAUGAGGCUUCCCUUUCACUUUACUGCUGGGCAUAACUCCACAAGAUGGAGGUUAACAUGCUUUCACUGAAGUGAACUGGGAAGCAUUUUUACUUGUGAGAGCUCGUUGCACAUGUGAGAUGGUUUUGCACACACAUGUGCACAGGAGCUCCUUGGCCCAGCAAACUGUAGAAUGGGGAAGAUUCUCUAUCCACUUGGUAUAAUUUUGUACACAAUGUUUAAUUUCCCCCACAGCUAGCUACUGUUCUGAAUAAGUAUUUUUCCUUCUUACUGCCAUGGUGGUGCAUACUCUUUAGUCAAACUUUCAUAGUUUAAUCUGGUCACAUAGUUCAUCAUUUUUAAUGGAAUGCAGAAUACCACAGGGAGUCAGCACAUCUGAGCAACAUUAGUAGGCUCCUCUUCUUUUAUCAAUAUUGGAAGUUUUCAAUUAAUUGAGUUUUUAAAAAAAACAAAAAACAAAUGUGUAAUUCAUUGUAAGUUACUACUGUGCUUUCCUUCUUUAAUGGCAAAAGCAGGUGGUUAUUUUAUCUCUCCAUAUGGAACUUAGCAUCUUUCAGUGUGGCUUUAAAUCAGAAAGAUUUCUUUCUUCAUUCUUACUCACUUCCUCUAACAAUGGUUGGCAUAACCUAACUCCAGCCAAACUCAUUAAGUAAGAAAUUGUAGGACAAGACCACUGCUGACGCUUUCUGCCAUUAAUCAGUUUAGAGAUCAUCAAUAUAGUCUUAAUUCUGAUAUUGUUUUUCUUUGAGAAAACUUGAAAAUACCUGUGCCUGUGUCUACCUGUGUGUACACAGACACACACACUUUUAGCAAGAAGAGUGGCUUUUUGAAACAUGAGAAGAAGGAAUGCUUUCUAAAAUCACUUGUGAAUUUUUUUAACACUUUUUUGCUAUCAUUUUGCCGGCUUGCAAGUCUUGGAUUUUGCUUUGAUCAAGUUUGCACUAAUGCUAUGCAAGCUGCUUCUGCUUCCUAAAUAGCAUACCACUGGAUUUGCUGAAAAUGCUUUUUCUUCAUUUACUCUAAAUGAUUCCUCAUUUGGAAGCACUGAAGCUGUCAAAGGCGCUAACCAUCAAAAGUAAUAAGCUGUCUUUCCUUUAUUUUAAAUUGUUAAUAUUUAUUUGCUCUAUUUUACUAGAAAAACAUCCUUAGGCAGUUGUGUCUAUGGUUAAUAUCACUUCUGGUUAAAAUGAUAUGUGAUCAUUACACUUAUAACUCAGAGGAGCAUGAUUAAAAUUAAUCUUAAGCCUCUACCACAUUGUUAUAUUGCCAUAGCAGAAUCCCACUGUGCCCUGUGGCUAUUUAGUAUAGAAAAAUGAUGGUGGCAUGGCAAACCUUUUCUUAUGUUUAUUGUCCACAUAAGGGCAAAACAUGACGAACAUUACAAGGAGUGUGAGAGGAAGGAAAAAUGCAUUUUUAACAGGUCCCCUGGUUUUCUCAUUAAAUUCAAGGGAGUAACUGCAAGAUAGUUCUUAAAUUCUGCAGACACUAAGGGCCAUAAAUACUUUUGUCUGUCAGGGCAAACAUAGUGCUGUUAUAUCAGUAAUGAUAAUGGCCUGUACACUUUUGAAAAAAGCUUAUAUUUCUGUGAGAAAGUGCUACUUUUUUAGUGUGGAUUUCUGUACAGUUUUCAGGCAGCUGCACAGUGGUAUUUAUCCUCAGAUUCUUGUUUGCUGUGUGUGAUAUUGAGCUUAUUUAUGCAUUUUGCUUCUGGUGUGACAAGGUCUGGGGUUGCAUUUUUAAUAGUGUGUCACACAAAGUCUGGUUGCAUUGAUGAACCCUUUGAAUAGUAAUGCCAAAUCUCAAAAUGUUAAUAUUGCAUUUUGCCUGUUUCUGUUGGUUUUGAUAUUGCCAGGAAGAGCAGCCUAGAUUCAUUAGCCUUGUAAACUUUUAAUAAUACUUUGCUGAGAAGGUGCCUCCCAGAUACAGCCUUAACCCAAAUCCUGGGCACAAUGGAUUCCAGUAAUUAAAUGGGCAAAUUGUCCUUUGGCCUGUCAAGGAACCAAAGGGCCUGUAUUUGACAACCAUCCACAAAUGUACAUGUUCUAUACCUAAAUAAAUGGAUAGCCCUUGCUGAGUUCAAUCCACAUUAUAGCUUUGGCUUGUUGAUCUGCUUUAGCCACAGCAAUGGAAACUCUGACUUGUUCUACUAUGCUUAAAUGUAAAGGAUCGAAUGAAGCCAUUGGGCUCUGCGCUGAUUGGCAUUUGGCCUCUGCCACAGCCCUUUAUAUCAGGGGUAGGAUUCUUGUGGCUCUCUAGAUGUUGCUGGAUUGCAACUCCCAGCAUUCCUUACCAUUGAUUAUGUUCCUGGUCCAGCUGCUGGAUGUCACAGUUCAACCACAUCUAGAGAGCCACUCAAUUUCCACUCCUGCCUUAGUUCAAGAAUGAACAAUUGAGGUUUAUGCUGAACUUCCACCCCAAAGGUUACCAUGCGAUGGUGGAAAGGAGGUGCUCCGCCUUUCUCCCCACCCUUGCUCCUCUCCCAGUAAAGCCAUACAACUACCCUUACAUGGGACGGCUGCAACACACAAAGUAUAAGAGGCAGCUACUGAAAUAGUUAGACUCUUGGCUUCUUCAGAAACAGGGAUGUGAGUCAUGUCUUAGUCCAAAUGCAAAAUCCUAUUCUGUCUUCACAUAAUUUUACCACCCCAAUCCUACCCCAUGCUCACAAGGCACCUCAGAGUACAAUGCCAUGGGACUUCUACUGUACUGUCAUAUCUCAGUCUCACCCUUGCAAGCAGUUUAUGUGCAAUUAAUGGGAUCAUGAUAUGAAUGCAUCACCCUGCCUCCAAAGAAAUAAAGCUAGCCACAUAAAGGGUUUACUGGAUUACAUAUUGAAUUCUAUAUGGGCUUUGGCUGGACAGCUAUUGAACAAAAUAGUUACAUAAUGGUGAUUUAGAAAUUGUAGUGAUGUACUCAGUUUCCCCACAUUGACUGCUUAGAUAAUUAAAAAAACCUGUACAAGUGAAUGUUUUAGAGGAAGGGAUUAUUUUUUUCAUACUUCUGAGACAACUACCAUUUAGGCAUUUUUCUCACUCUGUCUCUCACAUAUGUGCACACACAUACACACAAUAUCAUUGUAUGAGCAGCUGUUCUUGAUGUGUAUGUAUCUGUGUGUGGCUAUUUCAUCUGUAUGCAGGAGAUCAAUUAGAAUCAGCACUUGAUCCGUAUUAUUCCUGUGGAACUUACAUCUAGGUCAUAUUGAUGUCAUCCAACAAAACUUAAAUUAACAAUGAAUACUUUGUCAUCUACUGGAUAGAAUAAGAUUCAUUACCUUCUGGAUGAGAAUCAUAGUAUUCAUGCAGAUCGAAAUCUUAAAGUCAGUUGUAGUAUUAAUAAUGCAAGUCAUGUGAUUAUACAUCCAGAUAAAAUUAGAGUAUCUUUGUCUUCUGAUUUUGUGACUUUGGUAUCAAUCUCUGCCUAAGUUCCAGUUCUACUAUCUUGAAACAUUACACUGACACUUUUUAAAUAGGGUUUUAGUACAUAUUUACAUUCAUGAACACAUACUAUGUUGUAGUCUUUGAAAUAGGGUUUUCGAAUUGUUUACAUACAAAUAAAUAAAGCAUAAUCUUCCUUUCUAACAAAUCUAGGGUAAUACAAUGGGUCUUUGUUAUCCACUGGGGUUUGGUUCCAGAAUCCCCCAUGGAUAACAAAAUUCAUGGAUGCUCAAAUA